UGACAGCUAGCACUGUAAUGGAUCUGUGGGACCAUGGGAUACCAUUCAUUAUUAGACUGGAAAGACUGCAGCAUCUGGGACUUUUUUAGUUCAGAGGAAAGAUGGAGAGGGCCAAUGGCACCACAGUGGAGGAAUUCAUUUUGCUGGGAUUUGGAGUUGAGAGGCAGAAGCGAUUCCUGUUUCUCAUUUUUUUUACCAUCCUCUACAUCAUCACUUUAGCUGAGAACAUCACCAUUAUCACUCUGGUAUUCCUUGAUGCCCACCUGGCUCACCUGCCCAUGUACAUCCUGCUGAGCAACUUCUCCUGGCUGGAGUUGUGCUAUGUAUCCACAACUGUGCCCCGUAUGCUCUGUGACCUGGUGUCUCCUCCAGGGCUGAUCUCCUUCCAUGCCUGCUUCCUCCAGUUCUACAUCUUAUUCUCACUCGGCAACACUGAAUUCUUCUUCCUCUCAGCAAUGGCUUUGGAUCGCUACUUGGCCAUCUGCCACCCACUGCACUACCCACAAAUCAUGUCCCCAAAUUCCUGCUAUUCCCUGGUGGCCAUUUGUUGGGUCCUUGGCUUCCUGGGAUAUGUUGUCCCAGUUAUUUUGACAUCCCAGCUAUCCUUCUGUGGACCUAACGUCAUUGACCAUUUUUUAUGUGAUCCUGGGCCAAUUCUGUCCUUGGCCUGCCCUCCUCUUGGAAAUGCCCCCCUUAUAUUUCAAGUGUCCAUGGAAUCUUUGUUUUUAGGCAAUGUUUUCUUUGUUGUGCUAUCAUACAGCAUAGUAAUUUUCACCAUGAUGAAGUCCUCUAACCAAGGCAGUCGUCAGAAGGCCUUCUCCACCAUAUCUAUGCACCUGUUAGUGGUGACCCUUUUCUAUGGCACAGUGGGAGCAAUGUAUUUAAUUCCGGGUGGAGAAAGCCAGUCAGUGAUCACCAAGGCAGUCACACUCUUCUACACAGCCGUUACACCCUUUCUUAAUCCCUUGAUCUACUGUCUGAGGAAUGAUCAAGUGAAAAAAGCUCUGGGUAGGUUGCUGAGGAGAAUGCUGAGAUUGCUGAUGACAAAGGUCACCGUGUAAAAACAGUCAGUAGCAGGUGAGAAUUUAGCCAAACCAAACCAAAAUGUUUCUGUUGAGAUCAAAUUAAUGUAUUUUUCUAUAUUUGGGAAAGAGGGGCACUGAUUCCUCUUUAUUGUUUAGUGUGGGCCAAUGUGAAUGAUCAAAAUUUAAACCAAGGAAAGGAUCAUAGUGGAGUGUAAUGGUUACCUGGCCACCUUAUGGCACUACGAGGAAGUACACACUUAUCUUUGAGAACCCAGCAUACAAGCCCCAAAUCCAUUUAGAUAGAAUGUUAUUUGGCAGACUCCAGUGGAAUAAAUAUUAUGCCAUACUUGAAAUAAAAUGGAUUAUGUCAUUUUUUAAGAACAUGGCAUUCUGUACUGUGUGAUUGUUACAUGUGUAUUCCAUCAAGUGUCAUCAUUGCAAUGAAAAUAAUUAGAUGAUAACCUCAAAUGUAAUUUGUUUUUGAUACAUGCAUUUAUACUCUGUGUGUGUGUGUAUGUUUUUCGAUAAAGGAUGAGCAGUUAAUGACUGACCAACCUGAGCACACAUGUACCCUUAAAAAAAAGUUAGUAUGAUAGUAUUUCUCCUUCAGACCA